UGGUUAUAUUUUUUCUUUCUACCAUUAGUAUUAAAUAACUACAUAAAAAAGGGCAGCCCCGGUUUGUGCAGGAUUUGGGAGAGAUUUCAACCACAAGGAUUGUUGUAUGCAAUUUCACAUUACAUUUCCGUGAUAGGUUAUUUUCAAGGCUUGAACCUGGGAUCUUGUGAUAACAUGCCAACAACUUUACCAAUUAAUAAUAAUUAAUUAGAGUUUUAAAACAUCAUUAAUAAAGUUAAUUUAGUAAAAUAUACUCAUAACUAAAAUUUUCUUUGAGUAUCCAAUAGUUGCUGAAUCAACUACUAUAACAAAAGACAAGGAUCAGCAGUAGAUAUAGUUAGCUCAAACACUAAGGGGUCGUUUGGUAUACUACUAUAACAACAAUAACAAACCCACUAUAUUUUCACAUAGGGCUGAGUGUAGUCCGUUUUGGGUGGGCGGGGCCAUCUGGGUGGUCAAACGGGCGAAACAGUGCAAACGGGAUAUUUUCGGGUCAAAUCGAUGUGCUCGGGGUCCGGGAAACAUUGUAGCGUUCGGGGAAGGUAAAUUGUACGUAGUACAUACCGCUACCCUAAGAAGGCUGUUUCCGAUAGACCCCAGCUCAGUAAUCAAAGUAAUGAAUAAGGAAAAUAAUGAGCACUUGCAUUCGUUGGGGAUUGAUCAUGGUGAAGAUGAAAAAAAUAUAACUCUUGAAUUGAAUGAAACACGUAUCUCAUAUACUCUCUCUUGUUACCUCUUGCGAGAAUCACUUCCGAUGUUGAAGCAUGUAAGUUGGACCUUCUUUAGUUAAGAAAUGGCUCUGCUGCACUCCUUAGGAACUCAUAACUGUUUUUGCACUAGUACUAUAUAUUACAAAUUUAAUGAGAAUAUUUCUGUAAAUAAAUUUAUGUUUCGUAUCGAAAUAUUGAGUUCAGAUGAAUUCAAAUUCCGCCACGCAACUCUAAUAUGGCAUCGUUUGCAAUAUCAACCAUGAAAAGAUGGAGAUUACGUAUAAUUGGACAUUGUAGCCCGAAGUUAAUAGCCUGUUUGAUCAAGUUUUUUGGAAAUUAAAAAAAUGUUUAUUUAAACCGUAAAGGUGUUUGACGAAGCUUUUAAUUUAAACACAUAAUUAAGUUUUAUGUAGAAGGAGAGCCUUGGAAUAACUAGUAAAGUUGGUAAAGUUGCUGCUAUGUGACCAGGAGGUCACGGGUUCAAGCAUUGGAAUCCAACCUCUUGCAGAAAUGUAAGGUAAGGUGUGUACAAUACAACCUUGUGGUGGGACCCUCGCAUAGCGACAGCUUUAAUGCAUGGAGCUGCCCUUUUUUUGUAAAAAUAAUUUUUAUGUAAUGUUUUUUUUCACUCAUAAAAAAGCAGGGCGAGGGAGUAAACCAGAAUGGAAUGAGAAGUUUACAUUCAAGAUAGAAUAUCCCUCAGUAGAUGGACAAUACAAGCUUAUAAUUAAACUCAUGGAUCAUGAUACAUUUUCUGCUGAUGAUUAUCUUGGUGAUGCUACUAUCUACUGGAAGGAAUUUAUUGAAUUGGGAUUGGAGAAUGGAAGAGUUGAAAACUUGAAAUUCAUCCUUAAAAAUAUAGUGUGGUGGGCAGUGCUCAAUGUUACUGUGGUGAAAUUCAACUUGGCAUCACUUUCACCCCAAAGAAGGCAACUCAAUAUGAGGAAGUUGAAUAUGGUGGAUGGAAAGAUAGUGAUGAGUACUCAUGAGUAACUACAGAAGUCGAUCUAGUUUUGUUGGGUUAUUGGGUCUUUUUUCUUUUUUAUGUGGAUAAAUGAAACUUAAUUUGGACCAACUCAUUUUUGUCUAUAGGCCCAUUACUAUGGGGCAUAUAUAUUGAUCUUUUUAGGUCUUAUUCAUCACAAAAAGAGAGUUUUCAGCAGCCAAAGAGAGAAAAACAAAGCUGAUUUUCGCACCUUAAUUUCAGCCACAGUUGUCAACUUCAAAUUACGAUUCCCGCUUCGUUUCUUGUCUGAUUGAGCUGAUUUUUGGACUGCUUGUUCCUCUCAUCUCAAUCUUUGAUUAGGAACUGACAGAGCUUGAUUUGGUGGCCUGUAUCUCCUGUUCUUCAUUCCCGAACAGUAACUGCAUUUUUGGUACUGUCACUCCUUUAUUUCCCUUGUGUUUGGUGUUGUGGUUUACGUAUUGUUUCUUGUUGUUUGACACUUGUUUUGUUGCCAUUUUGGAGGACAAUAUUGUAACUCUUUGGUGAUUAUAGUGGAGGUUU